AUGGGGCGCCUCACACUCCCUUCCCCAUCGCUUCACACUCCCUUCCCCAGCACCACACACUCCCUUCCCCACACACUCACACUCCCUUCCCCACACACUCACACUCCCUUCCCCAGCGCCUUGCACUCCCUUCCCCAGCGCCUCACACUCCCUUCCCCAGCGCCACACACUCCCUUCCCCACACACUCACACUCCCUUCCCCACACACUCAGACUCCCUUCCCCAGCUCCUCACACUCCCUUCCCCAGCACCUCACACUCCCUUCCCCACCUCCUCACACUCCCUUCCCCAGCGCCUCACACUCCCUUCCCCAGCGCCCCACACUCCCUUCCCCAUCGCCUCACACUCCCUUCCCCAGCGCCUCACACUCCCUUCCCCAUCGCCACACCCCCCCUUCCCCAGCGCCUCACACUCCCUUCCCCAUCGCCUCACACACCCUUCCCCACCGCCUCACACUCCCUUCCCCAGCGCCUCACACUCCCUUCCCCAGCGGGCCCCAUGCCUCACCAACCCAUCCCUAAACUCCGCAUCCCUCAUCUCCCAUUGCCUCGCCUCACCGUCCCGCACCGGCCCAUCCCUCACCUCCCCAUCCCUCCCUCAAUCUCCUUCCCUUUGCAGCAUCCCAUUCCCCCCACCUCACUCUCACACACCCUUCUCUCAUCCCAUUUCCCCAUUCCCACACUCUUUCCCUCGUUUAGUCAUCCCAGUUCCCCUAUCUCACUCCCUUUCCCCCGUCCCUCACCCCUUUGCCCACCUGCUCAAUCUCUGCUCUCCUUGUUUCGUCCCAAGUCCCCCCUGCUCACUCUUAUUCCCCCUUCAAGGGAAGCGAGGAUAGUGAGGAAAGCAAGGGGAGUAAGCACUCUAUUUCCCCUCUUCACUCACCCCAUUUCCCCCAGCUCACUCUCUUUCCCCCAUUACUCAUCCCAUCUCCCCCCACCACUCUCCCCUUUCCACUCUUCGCUGUGCACCUGUCUCAACUCCCCACCCUCUUACCACUUACUCCCUCUCUCCCCCCCUCCCCAUCUCUCCACCCAUCGCCCUCCAUUUUCUACCCCUCCCCUCUCCUCUUUUAUCUUCUCAUUCACGCAACCACCAUCCUCAUCUCCACCUCAAACCUAA